CCGUUUGGUCAGCGCUCGUUUCUCGCGUUUUUCGCGUUUUUAUUUUCGCGUUUCUCAUUGUGAUUGCCGUCGUCGUCGUCGUCGUCGUUGUUGUUCUUCUUGUUAUUGUUGCUCUUGUUGCCUUUCUCGCCAAUAAUGCUUUCAAUUGCACAAAACGCUGUCCAAUUUAUGAUGAUAUGAUAUAAGUGCGUACGAAUGCCAAAUGCUCAAUCGGGAAAACAACAAAUAAAUAAACGUUUUGUCAAACACGUUGCAACAACAGCAGAAACGGCAGCAACAACAAAAGCAACAAUAGCAACAAGAGGAAAAACAAGUGCAAGUGCAAUAAGAAAUGUGCUAAAAAUAAUAUGAAUAACAAUUGAUAUAUAUGAACAUAUAUUCAUGCAUAAAGAUAAGAGACGGUAUGAGAGAUGAGGAGUUGAAGAGGCAGCUAGCUAUUUAAAGUCGCCGUCAUGCCCGGCACUAGAAAAGGCAGCGAGGCGGGGCAACGUACGCGCCAAAGACCGGAUACACUCGAACUGGGUGUGCUGAGUGCAGAUAUAAGACAGCAACAACAACAGCGGGAGCAGGAGCGAGAACUGGAGCAGGAACAGGAACAACAGGAACCGGAUAUAGAGCAUUGGUCAGCUGCAGCCGCACAGCCGACGGCUGCAACGACGCGUCGCAGUCGCUGGUUUAACUUCGCCAGUAAAUCGCGACGGCGACGACUGCUACGCUGUGAGGAGGAGCAAAUGCAGCUGGCGGUGGAGCCAGAGCACGAGCAUGAUCUCGAACAGCAACAGGUGCGCCUGGCCCAACCGGAGAUCACGAACAUUGGCAACUCAACUCUGACAAUCGCCUCGCCCGCGGCCACGCACAUCAAGCCGGCAGUGCCAUCGUCAGCUACUGCGUCGAGCCACCUGGCCGAUAGCUUCUACAGCUUGGCCAAUGCGGACGCUGGGGAUGAACCCAAGGCGGCCAUCGAUGUGGAACAGCAGUACAAGGAACAGCCGCCGUCCAAGCCGCGUCUUUCCGUGCUACAACGGUUCGCCAGCUGGCGACGCAGUGCCCCCGACAGCCUGCCCAGCCGUCGUCACAGUCGCCUCCAAAGCGGAGAUCUCGGCUCGCAACCUCAGCUCUCGGCUUCGGCGUCGGCUCGUAAUCUGCGGCGUCUGUCGCAAAUGCGACGUCGCCGCAGCUCGUACUACUUCUCGGAUAAUGAACGCAGAAUCCGCGCUAACGACAAAGAUUUUAACUCUCAGUUUAAGUAUCACAACAACUACAUCAAGACAUCGAAGUAUACCCUGUUGACGUUUCUGCCGUUCAAUCUGCUGGAACAGUUCCAGCGAUUGGCGAACUUUUAUUUCCUGUGCUUGCUGGUGCUCCAGCUGAUACCUGCGAUAUCCUCGCUGACUCCGGUGACGACAGCGAUUCCCUUGAUCGGAGUGCUGACGCUGACUGCCGUGAAGGAUGCCUACGACGAUAUCCAACGACAUCUGUCCGACUCGCAGGUGAAUAACCGCAAGUCGAAGACCCUGCGCAAUGGCAAGCUGGUAGAGGCCAAGUGGUCAGACGUCCAGGUGGGCGAUGUGAUUCGCCUCGACAACAAUCAGUUUGUGGCCGCCGAUAUAAUGCUGUUGACGACAUCGGAGCCAAAUGGACUGUGCUUCAUUGAAACGGCCGAACUGGAUGGGGAGACGAAUCUGAAGGCUAAGCAAUGCUUGAUCGAGACAACGGAGCUGGGCGAGCAGCACGAUCUGCUGUGGAACUUCAACGGCGAGAUCAUCUGCGAGCGACCCAAUAAUCUGCUGAACAAGUUCGAGGGAACCCUCAUGUGGAAGAAUCAGCGCUUCGCUCUCGACAACGACAAGAUUCUGCUGCGUGGCUGUGUUCUGCGCAACACGCAGUGGUGCUACGGUGUCGUGGUCUUUGCCGGCGUCGACACCAAGCUGAUGCAGAACUCGGGCAAGACGCAGUUCAAGAGCACUGGAGUUGAUCGCCUGCUCAACUUCAUCAUCAUUGGGAUUGUGCUCUUUCUGGUCUCGAUUUGUGCGCUGUUUGCGCUGGGCUGCGCCAUCUGGGAGGGCCUGAUCGGUCAACAUUUCCAGCUAUAUCUGCCCUGGGAACACAUUAUACCACAGGAGAUGGUCGCCUCCGGUGCCACGGUCAUUGGGCUGCUCGUUUUCUUCUCGUACGCCAUAGUCUUAAACACAGUUGUGCCAAUUUCACUCUAUGUUUCAGUAGAGGUCAUACGCUUUGCUCAGUCGUUCCUCAUCAAUUGGGACGAGGAGAUGUAUUAUGCACGUACUCAAACAUAUGCCAAAGCACGCACCACCACGCUCAACGAGGAGCUGGGCCAGAUACAGUACAUCUUCUCGGACAAGACGGGCACCCUGACCCAGAACAUAAUGACCUUUAACAAGUGCAGCAUUAACGGGCGAACCUAUGGGGAUGUCAUUGACCUGCGCACCGGCGAGCUUAUUGAAAUAACUGAGCAGCAAACACUUUUCCAAACUUGCAACAGCAACAACAGUAAAAGCAGCAAAAGCAGCAGCAACAGCAAAAGCAGCAGCGGCGUCAACAAGCGCAGCAGCAGCAGCGCAUCGACGGCAGCCACGCCUACAGCCCCGCCCACCAUAUUAGUGCACACAGCCGAGGUGCACGCGAAGAAGAGCGCCUUGCUAGUCACCCAAGACGGCGGCACCCAGCUGGCUCACAGUCCGGAGGAGUUGUGUGGCCGUAUAGCCAGCGAACAGGCGACGCCGGCGAUCAGCACAAUGGAGAAUCCGCUGGCACGCAAGCAGGUGCACUACCUGUCGCCCAGCCGAAGUGUGGCCAACGAGGACGACGUGGACGAUCCCGGCGGGAGCAAGGAAGAUCCCGGCAGUCGCAGCCCCAGCGCCAGUCCCAGUGCCAGCAGCGGCUUGGGUGCCUGCUUCACGCGCAGUGGGCAGCGCAUGCGCCGUCAGCUUUCCGGGGGGCUCUCCACGAGCUGCGCCAGUGGCAGCGUCAGUGGCGACAAAGUAAUAAUCUUGCAUGACAAUCAACCAGAACACGAGCACCACCACCAACAGCAACAGCAACAGCAACAACAGAAACAACAACACGAACAGCAAACUAACCGCAAGCUGGUCAAAUUCAAUUUAACGCCAUCUGCAUCAUCCGCCACCGAAUGCGAGACAUCAGCCAUUGACAGCGACAGCGGUUGCUGCGCUCCAUUUCGACCGCACCACCACAGCCAUAGAAAUAGCGAGAGAAACAACAGCAGCCGCAGAAACAGCAACUGCAACAGCAACAGCAGCACCAACACCAACACCAACACCAACACCAACAACAACAACAGCAGCAGCAGCACCACCACCACCACCACCACAACUAACGCACACCACCGUUAUCUAAGCACCCACCGCUUUGCCACUAAUUGGAGUUCGUCCCACCAAAAAGUGCACAUGCUCGAACCGGUUGACUUUUCGGCCAAUCCGCAUCACGAAGUCGACUUUCGCUGGUACGAUCGCACAUUGCUGGACGCGGUCCGGUCCGACGAAGAGCACUCGCAGAACUUUUUCCGACUGCUCGCCCUGUGUCACACGGUCAUGGCGGAGACCGUUGACGGUCGCCUGGAGUACCAAGCGCAAAGUCCCGACGAGGCGGCCCUCGUCUCUGCCGCUCGCAACUUUGGCUUUGUGUUCCGCACGCGCACACCGAACAGUAUUACCAUCGAAGUAAUGGGUCGCAUAGAGGAGUACGAACUGCUGCACAUACUCGACUUUAACAAUGUGCGCAAGCGCAUGUCCGUCAUCCUGCGACGUGGCAACUCUGUGGUGCUCUAUUGCAAGGGCGCUGACAACGUGAUAUACGACCGCUUGCAUAGCGGGCAGGAGGAUCUUAAGGCACGCACUCAAGAUCAUCUGAAUAAAUUCGCCGGAGAGGGCCUACGCACUCUGGUGCUGGCAGAACGCCGCCUGUCAGAACAGUACUACAACGACUGGCGAUCGCGACAGCAGGAGGCGGCGCUGUCUAUGGACUCGCGCGAGUCGAAACUGAAUGCCGUUUACGAGGAGGUGGAGAGCGGCAUGCAGCUGCUGGGAGUGACGGCCAUCGAGGACAAGCUGCAGGAUGGCGUGCCCAAGUCCAUAGCGAAUCUACAGAAUGCGGGCAUCAAGAUCUGGGUGCUCACUGGCGACAAGCAAGAGACGGCUAUCAACAUUGGCUACUCCUGCCAGCUGCUCACUGACGAGCUCGUGGACGUCUUUAUUGUGGACGGGAACUCUGUCGAGGAGGUGGAGAAGCAGCUGCGCCAGUUCAAGGAGUCCAUCAAAAUAUUUGAUCGCUUCCGGCCAGGCGGUACCGAGGCAAUGAAUCACUUCAAUAGCGACAGCAGCAUGGAUCCGAUGAGCGUUGCCAUGACGCAGACAUCAGCAUUUAUGCAGGAUGCCAACGGCUCGACCAUGCCACCGCCGCCAGCCAUAUCGGUGGUUACCUUUAGGUGGGAUGCCAAAAUUAAGGAUAAUAAGGGCGGACCGGACAGCGCCGAGUGCAAUGAUAUCUUUGGAGAUCCUGAGAAGAACUCGGAUGGAAGGCGCACUGCACCCUCGGUAAUUGUGGACGAGAAUACUGGCUUCGCUCUUGUGGUCAACGGUCAUUCGCUAGUUCAUUGUUUGUCGCCGGAACUGGAGAGCAAAUUCCUGGACAUUGCGUCGCAGUGCAAGGCGGUAAUUUGUUGCCGAGUGACGCCGCUGCAGAAGGCGCUGGUUGUCGAACUCAUUAAGCGUGCCAAAAAUGCUGUCACCCUGGCCAUUGGCGACGGUGCCAACGAUGUCUCCAUGAUCAAGGCUGCACACAUUGGCGUGGGCAUCUCGGGCCAGGAGGGCCUCCAAGCGGUCCUCUCCAGCGACUAUGCCAUUGCCCAGUUCUGCCACCUGGAGCGUCUGCUGCUGGUGCACGGACGUUGGUCCUACUAUCGCAUGUGCAAAUUUCUACGCUACUUUUUCUACAAGAACUUUGCAUUUACGCUGUGCCACUGCUGGUAUUCCCUUUUCUGUGGCUUCAGUGCUCAGACCGUGUUCGAUCCCAUGUUCAUAUCGGUGUACAAUCUGUUUUAUACAUCACUGCCAGUCCUGGCACUGGGCGUCUUUGAGCAGGACGUGUCGGAUAAAAAUAGCGUGGAGUACCCACGUCUAUAUACGCCGGGCCUGAAGAGUGAGCUGUUCAACAUACGUGAGUUCAUCUACAGCGUGCUGCACGGCGCCUUCACGUCGCUCAUCCUGUUCCUCAUACCGUAUGGCGUUUACAAGGACGGCGUCUCCCACAAUGGGUACAUACUGAGCGAUCACAUGACACUCGGCGCUGUCGUGGCAACUAUACUGAUUGUGGACAAUACGGCGCAGAUUGCGCUCUAUACCUCGUACUGGACUAUAGUCAAUCACAUAACCAUAUGGGGCAGCCUCAUCUGGUAUUUCGUGCUGGACUACUUCUACAACUACGUAAUUGGCGGGCCAUAUGUGGGAUCCUUGACGCAGGCCAUUAAGGAUCUAACCUUUUGGAUGACCAUGCUAAUCACAGUCGUUAUGCUGAUGGCGCCGGUGCUCGCCUACAAGUUCUACUUGCUGGACGUCCACCCCAGUCUCUCCGACAAGAUUCGCCAAAAGUCCCUGAAGAAGGUGCACUCGCGCGUCUCCAGCGAUGUGCGCCGCACUCCCUCCUCGCGACGUGGACGCCGGUCCGUGCGGUCGGGCUACGCAUUUGCGCAUCAGGAGGGCUUUGGUCGACUGAUUACGUCGGGCAAGAUAAUGCACAAGAUGCCGCAGGAUUUCGCCUUUCCGCUGGGCCUGGGCACCAAGAAAUCGCAGACGCUGCACAACAGCGUAGCCGCCUCAGUGGAUGGCAUGAACAAUAAGCAGCAAAACCACACGAACAACAGCGGUGGCACCAAGACCAACGACAACAACAACACGAAUCUGCGGCACAAUCAAAAUAAUCAGAUCCACUCGUCGAUGGCAGACAUAAGGCACGACGGACGCGCCAGCGGCGAAAGGUAUCAGGGCAGCGCCAGCACCGACGAGCUGAGUCCGCGUGCGCCCUGCCAAGACCUGGACACCAUCAAUCUUUAAAGCUGAACAACGAUCACGAGUGCAGCGACCACAACAACAAAUCAAACACCAAAAAUUAGGCGAACUUAACGAUUUUAAGCAAAAAACAAAACCAAUAUACUCAUUCACGAAAGUGAAAUGAGUAUAACAACACAAAGAGAAUCAAAAAACAAUUAAUUAAAUCUACAAAUGUUUAAGCUUAGCGACUAUAUAUAAUUUACAAACGUGUGUAUGUUUCUGUAUGCAUGUGCAUGAGUGUGUGUGUCUGUCUGUUUUAUAUUAUUUAAUUUAUUAAAAAAAAAAAAAAACCAAAAAAACAAGCAAACUACCCAACAUUCAAUGUAAGCUAUCAAAGUGAUUUUCUGUCCUUUUAAAGAUUUAUUAUAACAAGUGCUAGAGUAUUUGGCAUAUACAUAGAGUAUUUCUCAUAUUUUCCUGCUAAAAGUAUUUUUUAUUUAUUUUUUUUUUUUAUUUUUAUUACAUUUUAGCUUAGUCUCAAACAUACUAAAUGCAAAGAAUAUAUAACAUUCAGUUUAGUAAAGUUCUCAAAAACAAAAAGACAAAAAAUAUUGUGAAAAGUCCCAAACUCCCAUAAACUGGGCUGCAUUUAGCAUAAGAUUCAUGCAAGUCCCAAUAGACAGCUCUCUUUCUCCCUCACUCACUCUAUCUUAAUUUAUGUGUGUAUGUGUGCGAGUGCUGAUUUUAGAUUAUAAAUCGAAACAGAACCAUUGAGAAACUGAAAGUGUACUUAAAUAACUAUUAAUUGUUGUGCUGUGUCUUAAAGUAGAUGAGGAACUUGAAUCUUAAAUUAUAAUCUCUGAUAGUCGUAACUCUAAUAAAACCUGGCCAAUUCAACUUA